CUCGGACUGGCGCUAAAAGUUUUGAGCUCCUCAAAAGUCCAGAGCCAUCAUCCUGGCUGCAGGUGGCCGCUGAGUUCCCGGGUUACCUGGUGCCCGGCCUCGGAGCGUACUUCCCAGGACGGUGACACGCCCACUUGAGCAGCCACGCUGCCUUCAGGGGAGCUGAAAUGGAGCAUCAGCAGUCAGAACUCAACAUUGAGCCCCCUCUGAGCCAGGAGACCUUUUCAGACUUGUGGAAACUACUUCCCGAAAACAAUGUGCUGUCCUCUGAGCUGUCCCCACUGUCCCCAGAGGUGGACAAACUGCUGCUGUCCACAGAAGACAUUGUGAACUGGUUAGGAGAAGGUCCAGAUGAAGCUCCUGCACCAGCAGCUCCUGCACCAGCAGCCCCGGCAUCAGCCACUUCAUGGCCCCUGUCAUCCUUUGUCCCUUCCCAGAAGACCUACCCUGGCAGAUAUGGUUUCCAUUUAGGGUUCCUGCAUUCCGGGACAGCCAAGUCUGUUACCUGCACGUACUCCCCUUCCCUCAACAAACUGUUUUGCCAGCUGGCAAAGACCUGCCCAGUGCAGCUGUGGGUCAGCUCGCCACCCCCGCCCGGCACCCGUGUCCGCGCCAUGGCCAUCUACAAAAAGUCAGAGUACAUGACAGAGGUGGUGAGGCGCUGCCCCCACCAUGAACGCUGCUCUGACUACAGUGAUGGUCUGGCCCCCCCUCAGCAUCUCAUCCGGGUGGAAGGAAAUUUGCGUGCUGAGUAUUUGGAUGACAGGAACACUUUUCGACAUAGUGUGGUGGUGCCUUAUGAGCCACCUGAGGUCGGCUCUGACUGUACCACCAUCCACUACAACUUCAUGUGUAACAGUUCCUGCAUGGGUGGCAUGAACCGGCGGCCCAUCCUCACCAUCAUCACACUGGAGGACUCCAGUGGCAAUCUGCUGGGACGGAACAGCUUUGAGGUGCGUGUUUGUGCCUGUCCUGGGAGAGAUCGGCGCACAGAGGAAGAAAACUCCCGCAAGAAAGGGGAGCCCCGCCCCGAGCCACCCCCUGGGAGCACCAAGCGAGCACUGCCCAGCAACUCCAGUUCCUCUCCCUCACAAAAGAAGAAGCCACUGGACGGAGAAUAUUUUACCCUUCAGAUCCGUGGGCGUGAACGCUUUGAGAUGUUCAGAGAGCUGAAUGAAGCCUUGGAGCUGAAGGAUGCCCAGACUGGAAAAGAGGCCGGGGGUAGCAGGGCCCACUCCAGCCACCUGAAGUCUAAGAAGGGGCAGUCUACCUCCCGCCAUAAAAAACUGAUGUUCAAGAGAGAAGGGCCUGACUCAGACUGACAUCCUCUGCGUCCUGAGCCUCAUUGACCUUUGCCCCCGCCCCCCUUCCCUGGUGCUUGAACACAUCUGCUCGGUGUGUUACUCUGCUUCUUACAGGUGUGCCUCAGAAACCCCCUGGGAUCCUUUGGUUUGCCCUGGCCCGGGGCUCUGCUAAAGAAGUCGGCCAGCACUGAUGGUUUUUAGGGGGAGGUGGGAGAAGUGGGAGCAUUCCAGCCCGCUUUUAAGGUUUUUACUGUGAGGAUCACUGGGAGAGGUAGGGAAAUGUUCCUGCGUGUAAGGAACAUUUUAGAACCAGCCAUAUACUGGGUCGGAAGCCCAGUUCUCUGCCAUACUCAUUAGUUGUUUUUCUGUCUUCAUUGUCCACUUUUAUAAAAUACUGAGGAUCAUGCCUACCUCACCAGGUUUGCUGUGAGGGUUAUUGAAAUAAUGUAUGUAUGUCUGGCCCCAAAACGACCAUUCAUUCCAUAAUGUCUGGGACUUGGUGCCUUCCUGGGUGCUAGUUCCCUGUGCCCAUUGGUGGAUAGGUUGAUGGUUUCUCUGACUGGGCAGCUGUUAAGGGAAAGGAAUUUCCAACCCCCUUCCCUGCCCAUCUAACCUCUUGGUGAGCCUCAGCACCUAAGAGGAAAUCUUACCCCAUCCCACAUCCUGGAGGAUGCUGUCCUUGGUGUAGGAUCUGUAUUUACCAAGAUCUGUAUUACUGCCCCACGCUCAGGGUCGAUUUCUUCUGCACUCUGCAAGGCUCGUCUGCAUUUGUCACCCACAUCCCUUCUCUUCCCUUUUUAUAUCCUGUUUUUAUAUUGAUUUCUCAUUUUACAAUAAAACUUUGCUACCA